AUGUCAAAGCCAAUUCGCGUGGGCUUCAUCGGGCUCAGCUCCAACGAAAACAUCCAGCUCGCGGGGGCGUGGGGUAAGAAUGCCCACCUGCCGUACUUGACACAGUCCCCAGACUAUACCAUCACCGCGCUGUGCAACUCAUCCGUCGAGUCGGCGAAGAAGGCGGCCAAGCUGCAUGGCCUGGACGCUAGCAACGUCCACACGUACGGCGACCCCGAGUCCCUGGCCAAGGACGACAAUGUCGACAUGGUCGUCUGCUCCGUCAAUGUCGCGCAGCAUUACCCACUCAUCAAACCGGCCUUGCUCGCCGGAAAGAUGGUCUUCUGCGAAUGGCCUCUGGCCUCGAACCUGGACCAGAUGAAUGAACUGGCCGAGUUGGCCGAGCAGAAGCAUCUCAAGACCAUCGUGGGAUUGCAAGGUCGCAAUGGCGCAUAUGUCCAUGCCGUGAGGAAGUUCAUCGGCGACGCGCCAGGCCAAUUGGGCGAGGUUCUCAGUACUUCCCUGGUUGGAUGCGCGUUCCUUCUGGGGAUGGCGACUCCUAAGGAGAUCGCUUACUUGAUGGAUAUCAAAAGUGGAGGGAACAUGUUCACGAUCACGGCCAUCCACUUGCUCGACACUUUGACCGCCGCCCUGGGCGAGAUCGAAUCUCAGAAUACUCUCCUGAAGAACCGACGCCCCACCCUCGCGCUGACGGACAGCGCUUUCAACGUCAUUGAGCCGUCGUAUCCCAACGGCACGCCAGAGCACAUUCUAAUCCACGGCGUCCUAAAGGGCGACAUUCCAUUCAACUUCCAGGUCCGCGGCGGUCCGCAAUUCAAGGACACUCCGGCGUUCGACUGGCGGAUCUAUUGCACCAGGGGGGAAAUCAGGGUCACCGGGAACGAAAUGCUCUGGCUCGGCGGCGGCAUCAAGGUGCAAGUGUACGACUUCGUUGCCAACAAGGUCGAGGAUGUGGAUUUGAGUCAGGUGCUGCAGGCGGACGUGAAGGACGAUAUAGCACACAGGAUGGGAUUGCAAGCUCCGGCCGACAAUGUUGCGAGGCUCUAUGAGGCCUUUGCCAAAGGCGAGACCGAGAAGUACCUGGAUUUCAAGCAGAGUUUGAAGUGGGCGCGGUUCAUCCACGAGGCGUAUUCUGCCAACGGCAUGUGA